AUGUCGACAGCAAAACCUGUGGGUUCUGCUACGGCAUAUAAUCCGGAGCUCGACAAAUAUGUUGAUCUUUACGGUCCACCCAUAGGAAGCUGCAGUUCUAGUUGCACAGAGUGCAAUGCUCAAUACCGUACUCUUGACCUGCAGCCCAUAGAUCGUCUGGCUUAUGCCGAAGCAUUGAGCGUCCACGAGGCCAAGACGAUCGCGAAGUCGUACGCAGAUGCUAUCAAAGAUGAUUUUAAAUACCUUCACCGCAUGGUUGUCGUUCAUGGUAACACGAUUAUCAAUCGCUGGAGAAAGAAGUCUCGCGACAAACGCACCAAAACCUUACAGACAGCUUUCCCUCGCAUGUUCUCUACGAAGUGGAACCUCGUUCAUGUCCACUACGAUUAUGCAGACGUCACAUGGCAACCAAUGCGAGAGUUUCGAGAGACUUUGUUGGUUCCUUGGCUUAAUCUUGAAACAUUGAGAGAUGAUCCAUACAAGUUAUUGGCACUUUUGCACGCGCGCACAAAAUAUUCUCCCGAACAAUGGGUUGCAUUCGGUAACCAUUCAAUGAGAGCAAGUUGGGAGACCGGAGCACUUCGCACCGAGUAUGCAGAUUGCUGUGUGGUUUUUUAUGGAUCAAAUUAUGGUGAUAUUACUCCAUGGAAUACCACGAAAGUUCAUCAAAUGGACAUCAUCGGCUUUCCUCGUGGAAGACUAAUUCUAGAGGCUCAGUCGAUUAUUCUCAAAACACUCCGAGGUACAGUCGAAGAUCUUCUUCUAGGUGUUGAUAUAGAAAGCUCCUCGAGCAAAUGGUAUAUGCUUGUCGACAGUAAUUUUCGUGGCGCCUCCGGCUCUAUCGCGUGGUCUAACUUCAGUGAUCAAGCUUUCACCGCGCCUAUCUUCGAUCUUGAUCGACUUCUGAAUAUUUCAAGAGCAGCUUUCCAUGAGGCUGAAGAUCAUCUGUGGCUUCUUCAAACCGAUCCAGUUUAUUUGCAAUAUCGUGCUAAAUUGGCUAGACAAGGAUGGCUGUCUAAAGACACCGGUGAUAGAUUUCUUCCCAACUCUUCUUGGAUGCUCUGUUACAAAGCUUUCACAACCAUGCAGAGAUGGUCGUGGGUUGUCGACGAGUUUGAACAUGCUCAGGCUCAACGCAAUAAAUUCCGGGAUAACAUCAACUGUGGUGGAGACUUGCCAAGGAAAUACAGCUUAGCUCUUGCUUACCUAGAGUUAUUGUUGAUCAAUCUUCUACGUCAACGAGUCAAAAAGCUCGGCGAGUGUCUCCCGUGUUUCAAAGGAUUUUCUGAAGAUUACAAGAUUUCUGAUACAGGCAGUGCUUUCAGUGCUAAAUUGAACACUGACAAAUUUCCCACAAGCAAAGCAAUGUUCUACGGUGAUCCUCUUCACUGGUGCAUAGUUCAGAUGACGGCAGAUCCUGAAGAUGCAAAUAAUUAUGACGCUUCGAUGUUACUUGAAUUCUUAACAGAUUGGCUAAAUAAAGACACGACAACAGCGCAGGACAAACAACGACUUGAGCCACAGAUACUCGAAAUAUUAUCCGAAUUCGCAACUACCUACGAGUUACUCGCCGCAGUAAGACAACACAGACCUCUAUUUAAACCUACAGACAUAGACACCGCUCGAAUAGAAGGCCGAGAGCGCUUAGCUUGGACAGGGGUCCCAGACGAAGAAAGAUUACAAGAAACCGAGUGUUUAGCAGAGUUUCUCAAGAUUGUUGAAUUGACACCUUUUCCCAAAGGUAAAAGAGAUGCAGCGUGGUUAAGAAAAGCAGAUGAGGUCAGAAAUAACACGUUAGCCUUGUGGGCCCACAUGCGAACAAUUCAUGCUAGCAUACUCAAGAAACACAAGUUCUCGACCGAAAAGGACUACAAACACGACAUCACUAUGUUGUCCUACGACAGUGCUCCAGAGCAUCUUCUCGCGCUAAAACUACAAAGAGAAAGCAUUCUUCAACCCAAAAAGCCAGUGCAACAACCGAUCGCCGUCGAUAGCAACUGGGAUUUGACUCAUGCUAACGAAGAUCUUUCAACCUUGAACAUCUCUAAUCGUUCGAAAGAGAAGACCAAGAUGAGACCUGAGCAGCAGACUUCCAGUCAAUUAGAAGCUUCCGGUGUGGAAAGCGAAGAUGAUCCUUCUCGAGAAAAUCCACACAAACCCGUUCAUAUCAAGUCGUCGAACCUACCAAUUCUUUUGCGUAUGUUCCCCAAUAAAGUUGAAGAGUACGCUGCCAAGCCAUUGGAUUGGAGAACUUUUGUUACAGUCAUGGACGACGCCGGAUUUGCAGCAAUGGAGUCUGGUGGCUCCGCUGUUACAUUCCUUAAUACUGUUAAUGGUGGUAGGAUAGUGUUCCACAAGCCACAUCCCACUGCGAAGGUUGAACAAUUCAUGUUGCAGGCGUGGGGAAAACGAUUAGGCAAGUGGUUCGGAUGGACUAGAGAGUCAUUUGUUGUUACAUGA